UGUUGAUUUGUUAUAUAUUUUGUAGGGCUGUCGAAAUUAACGCGUUAAUUGCGAUAAUUAAAUUUUGGAAUUAAUUACGUUAGAAUAUUUAACUAUAAGCGCAGAUGAGUCGCUCCCAUAAUUCCAAUUGUUUUGUUUACCGCGCCACUGAAAAUGGAGAAGCAGGAACAGGAUGGCCUUCUGGAUGGGGAAUUUAAAUACAAGAAGAACACAGACGGGACAAUAAGCAAACACGUUGUAAUUUGCACUCACUGCAGUAAAGAGUUUCAGUUUCACCGUUCAUAUUCGAGCUUAAAAUACCACCUUAAUGCCAAACACGCGUUUGUCGGGGCAGCAGCUUCACCCAGCCUGCGUCAGACCACUCUGAGUGAACGCAGGCCACUCAGUAAGUCUUCUUUGGACAAACUGACCGACAAUAUAGCUAAAUGGAUAGCAAAGGACUGUAGACCGCUAAGCAUUGUGGAGGACAAGGGUUUCGCGGAUGUUUUAAAGGUUGCAUCUCAGGACGCGUCCUACAAGCCCCCAGCGAGAAGCACAAUAACUAUUCGAAUCCACGAACUGUAUGAAACAGAGAAAAAGAAAAAAGAAGAGGCUUUAGUUCACACGGAAUGCGUGGCUCUGACAGGAGACCACUGGACAACAGUGAGUAAUGACAAUUACCUGGGAGUUACUGCGCAUUUAAUCACUGAAGCCUGGGGUCUGACAUCCUUUGCGCUGACUAUAAUGAAAACGGAAGAGCAUCACUUUGCGGAGGCUUGUGCAGAGCAGUUCCAGACUGUUGCUCGCAAUUGGAGCAUUGAGGAGAAGGUGACAACAGUAGGCACGGACAGUGCGCGCUAUAUGAUCGCCGCGGCUCGCAUCAUGCCAUUCAAUCACAUGCCGUGUACCGCGCACAUUCUACAGAGAUGCAUCACAGUGAGCCUCACAGACAGCUUUGUCACUGCACUGGCCAAAUGCCGCAAAAUUGUUGGCCAUUUCAAGCACAGUCCAGCAAACACAGCAGAGCUGAACGCAGAGCAGGUGUCACUGGGGCGCAAGCAGGAGCCGCUGGCCCAGGACGUGCCUACGCGCUGGAACUCCACGCUGGAGAUGGUGAAGCGCUUGAUCCGCAACCAAACUGCAGUAACCGCGACUCUGGAUAAACAGAAGCAUAAACUUGUCCUCCUGACGCCUCCAGAGUGGGACAAACUCCAGAGACUGGAGACACUUCUAGAGCCCUGCAGAUAUGUGACUGAACUGCUAGGAGGAGAGGCCUACGUCUCCUGCUCUGUAGUUCUACCUGCCUUCUGCCACCUGCGGCGUGUCAUGGAAGUAACUGAUGAGGACCCUGCAUAUGUGGUGAGGUUUAAAGAGAAGUUUAAGGAAGACCUCGCUUCCUGGCACAGGUUGGCGAAGAACGUGCUGUAA